CUAUUAAGCGCCUCCCAGUUCCUCUAAAGGACAUUAUAAUGCAAGGAACCUCCUUUUUAACCACAAACCGAAUUUGCUUUCAUUUAGGCCAUAUAUAUUUUUUAAAUAGUUUAAAGUCAUAGAGAUUUUUUUGGAAAAGCAUUUCGCCCUGGAGCGGUGCGCGAUGCUUUCGCACGCCGACCUGCUGGAUGCUCGCCUCGGUGAGUUAUCAACGCCAAACUCCGGUCUGCAACUCUACUGGAUGAAGGACGCCGCGGCUGAGCUUCUGGGUCACAGGGAGGCAUUGAAAUGCAGGCUGGGCGGCGGCGGAACUGACCCGGGCCACCCCGGAGAGCUCGCCCCGGUCUCCGAUGCGGUGGAAGGAGCCACCCUCCUCCCCGGAGACGAUAUCAACAGUGCCGGAUCCAACCCGCCGGGUGUAGCGGUGAACAGUAAGGACCAGGAGAAGCAACAGCAGCAGCAACAGAACCCCACCCAGUCCAGCAGCCAGCAGAGUCAGAAACAGAAACGGCACCGGACUCGCUUUACUCCGGCUCAGCUUAACGAGCUGGAACGCAGCUUCGCCAAAACCCACUAUCCGGACAUCUUCAUGCGCGAGGAGCUCGCGCUCCGGAUCGGCCUGACGGAAUCACGCGUGCAGGUCUGGUUUCAGAACCGACGCGCCAAAUGGAAGAAGCGCAAGAAGACCACCAACGUGUUUCGCGCCCCCGGCACUUUGCUGCCCACUCACCACGGCCUACCGCAGUUCCCCUCCGCGGCGGCGGCGGCGGCGGCCAUGGGCGACAGCCUGUGCUCUUUUCACGCUAAUGACACCCGCUGGGCUGCGGCCGGGAUGCCGGGAGUCUCCCAGCUGCAGUUACCGCCCGCCCUAGGCCGACAACAAGCCAUGGCACAGUCUCUAUCCCAGUGCAGCCUGGGCGCCGGACCGCCGCCCAACUCCAUGAGCCUGUCCAACAUGUCCUCCAACGGCUCCGGCCUCCAGUCCCACCUCUACCAACCCACCUUCCCCGGCAUGGUGCCCGCGUCGCUCUCUGGCCCCACCAACGUGACCGGCUCGCCUCAGCUGUGUAGCUCCCCGGACACUGACGUCUGGAGAGGGACGAGCAUCGCGUCCCUGCGCCGCAAAGCGCUCGAGCACACAGUGUCCAUGAGUUUCACCUAAUACUUUGACGUGUUUCUCCUCCAGCCAUCGCUUCUGGCCCCAGUGACGCACAAGGAAGUCUAAGGAUAGGCCUGCGACUGUCCCGUAGUAAACAUGAACCGUGCGCACCUGACGGAAAUAACACCUACAGCACCAUAGGCUGAAAAAAAAAACCCGAAGUGUAUUUAUUUAUUUAUUUAUUUAUUGAUCGAUCAUGUCCUAUUUAUUUAUUUAUUCAAAAAACGUCAACAAGCUGGACAGAAAACAACCGUGUCAUUUGCAUUUGAGAAACAAGGAGAGAGACGGUGCACUCGUUUUUAUUUAAUAUUACUAUCUUCAUCGUCAUCGUUGUUAUUAUUAUUAUUAUUAUUAUUAUUAUUAUUAUUAUUAUUAUUAUUAUUAUUAUUAUGGAAGAAAUCGUUCAAAUUUGAGGACUGCUUUAUGAAUCGGUGGAAGGAAGGAAAAUAUCUCAAAAAGAAUUAAGAAACUUGACUGCAUGUGCCGACCAACAACACCACAACGGGGAAAUGUCAUUUAAAAGAAAAGUAUGACUUUGUUAUAUGCUGUUAUAUAGGAUGUUUUGUGUAGAUAAAGCAUUCUUAACUUGUUCCCAUUCGGUCAGUUUGUGAUAUGUUCUAAGUUCAUGUAUGUGCUUAUACCAAUAUAAAUUUCUUAAAUGUUUGAUCUUCUUAACGGCUGUUUUGUUUCCUGAACAUGUUUAUAACGAUUGAAUGUAAAUUAACGAAUAAAAUCAUUUUCAAUAUGUCAUUAUUGA